GUCGUUCGUUGUGUUGUUCAGUCGAAUGGGUUGUGUCCGUCGACCUGUGGCAAAAGCAAAAGAAUGAAAAACAAGGGCAACAAAGUUCUCUCUUCUUCUCUCUCUUUCUUUCCUUCUUUCUUUUUCUUUCUCUUGCUCUCAUAUAUUUUCCCGCCCUUUUGUCUUUCUCAUCCCCAAUACUCUUCCGUCCCAUCAACCUAUCUAACCACUUUCAUUCUUCCCUUUAUCCAUCACUUUUAUCUUUUCAUCCAAGGGAUAGUUCAUACAUUUUCGUAUCACAUUCCAACAUCCCCAGAACCAGACUUGGCUCUAUAAUCGAAGCUAAGCCUUUGUUAUGAUGUACCAACAACCUCGACCCCAGGCACAGCCCGUCAACGUGGCUGUUCCAUACACCCAGUUUGCCCAGAUGCAACUGAAACACCAAUCGCAUAUCCAAAACCCUCCCUCCUCCUCUUCCUCCUCCACUCAUCAACAGCAACCAUUGCCGUAUACCCAUCAUCCGCUUCAACAACAACAGCAACAACAACCGAUUCAGCCCAUCAAUGCUCGUCCUAUUUAUACCGUUGCUCCAGGCUCUACCCCUCUGCAGCAACAUCAGCAAGUACAACAGAUAUAUCCUGUUCAUCCACUAACUCAUAUCUCACCCUCGCAUAAUAAUGUACAGCAACAGCAAUACUAUGCUCCUGUAUCUGGGGUAAGUACUGCUCCAGCUGUUUCUGCUGCCCAUAUUAAGCCCACAGGUACAGUUGCAGCUGGGGUUGUUGGAGUACAAACAACAGCACAACAACUGAGGCCUCAGCUUGCGACUCAAGCUUCUUUCACUUCUCAAUCUCAACCUCACUUCAAUGCUGGCCAUGCAGGGUCCAUAAACGCAAAUGCGCAAAAUAUAUCUUUGCCGCCGGGUUAUGUGCUUGGGACUCCUACGAUCCUUCCAGCUGUUCCGGGAUUCAACGUCCUCUCUGCAAAUGGGACCAUCAUCCGGCCACCGAUCGUGAUGCGUCCUCCAGCAUCAAUCUCUGUUGGUAACGCCAAGAUCAUUUCUUCCCCUGGAUUGGCAAGAUUACCCUUGGUUGGAAAUAUGAGACCGAUUCUGAUAGCUGCAGGCCCGCCAAGCAUCAUUAAAAAUCCUCUUAGAACCAAAGCACUUCUUGAACGCCCCGUCCCUCGGAUACAUGUAAGAUGACAAACUUUUUUUUUCUUGAUUUUUAUUGGAUCCGAGGGGAAACCUGAACGGACAAUUCAUUUGAAAUUUGCUGUAGAUCAAGCAAAGGACCAAUACGCUACUGGCAGACUUUUGGAGCGAGGACAUGGAUGUGACUAAGGACGGCAAGAUGGUCAGUAUCCACGAAAGAGCCAAGAGCUCAUCAGAAUGGAAACUCAGGACUCCAAAGCAAGCAGGAAUAGUUGUUGGUAUUGACUUUGGAAAUACUUUCACAGGUGUAUCCUACUCUCACCAGAACGAUGGUGAGAUGAUUGACAUUGUGAAAUGGUAAGGACAAAUUCUUUAAAGGAGUCAUGAAAUAACGUCGAUUUUGAU